CAUCCGAUUAACAGAAGAAAGCCGAAGCUACAGAAGCAAAAGCCAAAACUAACUAACUCGUUAUUAUCGUCCUGACGUGUAAUAAUCUGAAGUAUUUCCUUUAUUAAAAGCAGCUCUACGUGGAUAUCAUUGAGCGCUAGCUGCUCACUUGCUGGGUGUUGUACCUGAACGUGUUCACCGUUUAGUUGAGGAACCCCACUCCCACCCCUCCUGAGCCUUUUCCCACAGAGUCUCAGCAUGUACCCAAACAGAGGGCCACCUUCUGACUCGGACCACCGACCCAAUCCACGGCCUUACAGCGCUGCAGCUGACAGCAACUUUUACAGAUGGUCUCAGCAGGGGUCUUUGUCCUCAGCCUCCUCGUCUUCCAGGAGCUCAGCAGCUCUGCCACCACGUCCGAGUGCUCAGGACACCGUGCAGAGCCUCCUGACCAGCUGUGGGCUGGAGCCUAAAGACCUUGCCGUCCUUGCCAAAUUACCUGAAGAUGUUCUGACUGUUGAGUCUCUCCCAAACAUUAUUCAACAGAUCAAGAGCAAAAAGGGAACUGUCCGACCUUUUAUUCCUACAGCUGCUUCUGCACCUUCCAGUUCUUCCUCCUCCUCCAACUUCAGCUUCUCCCAACGACCCACUUCCAGCUUCACCUCUGCAGACCGGGACCAGCUCCGCAGCCAGCCAGUCCAGUACCCAUUCCAGCAAAUCCCAUAUACUGCUCCUGCUUCUGAACCACUCCUGGACUUCCAGGGGGGUCGCAUGACAGCUCGUUCUGUUAUACCACCUUCCUCCUCCUCCAGAGCUGCUCUGGAUUAUGACCACAGGCCACACACCUCCAAGUAUGGUAAGGUGGUUUCUUCCUGCAGCCCAGCCGGCCCACAGAAAGGACCUCGACCUUCUCGUUUCUCAGAUGCUGAGAGAACAGAUCACAGAACCGUUGCUCCUGCUGAUGAGUUCCGCCGCUGCUCCGGGUCAUCCAGUGUCCCUCGGCCCAUGGCCUCAGUGCCCUCUAAGAAACAAGCUGAGGACUUCCACGGUGUGUCCCCGCAGGUGUUCCCGUACUCGUGCUCUCUGUGUUUUAUCACAGUGCUAUCAGUGAAGGUUUGGACUGAGCACGUUAACAGCUCUGUCCAUGCAAACGGACAGCUCAGACUGCUGCAGCAGUUUCCUGACUGGGACUGUCGUGUCAGCAGUGACAAUGGGGAAUCGGGGAGAAGGAAGAAAGCAUCAAAGGAUGAAUCAAGACCUGCUCCAUCAGCUCAGAGAGCUGGUCAGAACCAAGCAGCAUCACAAACCAGCAAGCAGCAGAAGCCUUCAGACAGAGGGAGAGUGGUGUGUGUGAAGUUUCCAGCUCAAGCUGUGGACGAGGAGUAUCUACGAGAACUCGUGGAACCAUUUGGAAAAAUGGGCAAAAUCCUCCUGUUUCCAUCUGUGGCCUUUGUGGAGCUGGGUUCUGCUGACCAGGCCAAGGACUUGGUGAAGUUUUACAACAACUCGGAUUUAGCUGUGACGAAGAAGCAGAUCGAGUUUAGCAUCUCCAGCACCUUCACCUUCCUGCAGAGCUCUCAGGUGGUGACUUUCACUCCAGCUCCGAGAGGAAAAGACGGACUCUCAGAUCUGAUCAGCAUCAUCAAACGCUUUGGCGAGCCACUUUACACCCUCUUCCUGCCGUCCAAGGCCUCUGUUGAGAUGAAGUUCUCUGCUGACGCCCAGAAGCUGGUCAAUUACUACACGUCCAACACUCUGAGGAUCAAUAAUGACCUCAUCAGUGUCAGUUUCUCUUCUGAGUACAAGAGCCUCAUGAGGGUUUCAAUGGCCCAAAAGUACGAAGAGGAACCAACCAAGACUACAACGAGGAGCAGUGAGUCCAGCAGAGAUCGGAGGACCAGGUCUAGGUCCAGAGACCGGUCCAGAAGAGAUGAUGAAUCCAAAACCAGGUCCCAAGACGAGAUCAACAGAGAUGAAAGAACCAGGUGUAGGUCCACAGACAAAAGAUCCAGAUCCAGAGACAAGAUCAGUAGAGACAAAAGAACCCGGUCCAGAUCCAGAGACAAGCACUUCAAAGAUGAGAAGACCAGAAAAGUUUCUGGAGACAAAUCCAUUCAAGAAACAACGUCCAGUUGCAAAGAAGAGUCCAGCAGCAUCUCAAAGCAGAACCAAUCUAAAGAGAACUCUGAGAGACCAGACGCAGGAAUAAAAUCUGAACCUGAAGGUGUCCCUGUUACUGAAGAACAGAUGUGUGUUGAUGAUGGGCUGUCGGCAGAUGACAGUGAUAUCGAGGGGAUGGAGGUCAUCGCAGAGGACGGAGAGGAUGUAAAUGAUGAAGAUGUAGAAAUCGAGGAGGAGGAGAAAACAAACAGUUCCAAAGAAAGAGAGAAUUCACUUGAGCAAGAUGAAGAGGGGGUAAAAGGCAUGAAAACUCAGGAUGGGGAAGAGGCUGUGGUGGUAAAGGAGGAGGAGGCGGAACACACUGAGCCUGGUCAGGAGAAAUGUGGAGAGGAGGGGAAGACAAGUGAAGUGAAGGAGGAGGAAAAAGAAGAAGAGGAGGCUUCAGACCUCCAGAAGGAUGAGGAUGAGGGCUUCCAUGUGGACCUGGAGAACUGCAUCACCCUGGAUCAGGUGGACUGCGAUGAUGAAGGUGGUGCUGCUGGUUCUGAUGGGUCCAAGGUUUUGGUGGAGAUGUCAACUCCUGCUGAGUCUCAAAGAGCUGACCGAGUGCUCCAGUCCAAACCAGUCCUCAUUAGCAACUCAAGAACCAGUAGUGGGUCCACCAGUGGGUCAGAACCACCUCAUCACCACCUCCAUUCCUUCCCAUCAUCCGCAUCACUGAUCUGCCAUCUCACCGAGGACACAGCCCACAGCCACAGCGAGAAUAGAGGACUGAAAAAAUCUGAUGCCUCUGACCCAGACCGGACCUGUUCCAGAGAGGGAGAGGGGUCAUUGAGGAAGACUCUGGAGGAAAAGACUGAUGAGACUUCAGAAAUGGAGACAGCUGAGAACAUUUCAAAAAUUAAUUCAAAAAGCAAAACAACUGAAGAUCAGGAGCUCAAAACAACUUCAGAGAAGGAACUGGAUAAAAAAACUACAGAUAAGAGAGAGUCCACAUCCAGACGAGGAGCAAGAACUGGACAUGCCAUCGAUUCUCAGGAGGCUGAACAAUCUGAAGAACCAUCAUCAGACACCAAGAUGAAAACAGAAACAUCUCAACCAGAACCACAACAGAACGCAGACAUGGAUCGACAGUCUGCACCAGCCAACAGCCCAGCAGGACCCAAGAAACCUGCCACACCAGUUGGAGCAGAGUUUGUGCGCCCAGUUGUUGGUUAUUUCUGCAAUCUGUGUCAGCUGAUCUUCAGUGAUGAGGAUGAAGCCAAGCUGCUCCACUGCAGCACACCGGAGCACUACAGGAAGUAUCAGGAGAAGACAGGGAAGAACCCGUGGAUGAACUGAGUAUUGUGGGGGAUUUAAUGAAAAACUCUGACACAAGCUGGUUUAACUUUAUCUGUAAUUUUAGUUUUCAAAUAAAAAUGUCACAUCUGA